AAUCAUGGCGGCUGCACCGUUGAGUUUGGGGACACAAAUCCGUGAAGAACUGUCCUGCAGCAUCUGCCUGGAGCUGUUUACCAGGCCCAAGGUGCUGCCCUGUCAGCACACCUUCUGUCAGGACUGUCUACAGGACCAUGCAGGGAGGGGAGGGACCUUCCAGUGCCCAAACUGUCGUCGGCAGGUCAGGCUGCCACCCCAGGGGGUUGCAGGUUUGCCCGACAACCACCUGGUUACAAGUUUGUGUGAGAGGCUGCAAAACCAGGCUACACUGUCAGGGGAAACAAGGCAGCAACCCCAGUCUGGAAACAGGUGCAGCUUUCACCCCUCUGAAGAAGUCAGACUCUACUGUAAACAGUGUAACAUGCCAGUUUGUAAUGAAUGUUUGGAUGAAAUACACAGUGGUCAUAGAACCAUAUUAACAUUGAAGAAGGCCUCAGAAGAAAGGAAGGCUCCAGUUCAGGCACUUAUUGUUGAGGGCAGGACCAUCUUAGAGACUUACUGUACUUCUCUUAGACGUCUGAGGGAGAGAGAAAAAGCACUAGAUGAAAAGAAGCAAGAGGCAGACAGCAGCAUCAUUCAGGACUUUGAGCGAGAAGUGCAAAAAGCUACUAAAAAGAAAGACCAUCUUUUGAUUCAGGAGGGAGAAAAAUACAAGGAAAACAAAAAGGCCUUGCAAGAGGAAAGGGACAGAGUGUUGGCAGAUGUGAAUGAACUGUCUGCUGCCUGUGAUCGAGCAGAACAUAAACUGCAGCAGGGAGGGUUUGAGUUUCUCAGUCAACAAACUGCUCUGACAGAGGUGGUAGGAAAGUACAGAGAAAAAGCAGCACCAACUCCUGUUCAAACCCAGCCCACAUACACCACAGCUUUCACUUUGGGGACUGUCGCAUGGCUUCUCCUGCUGGCGGCCUUGUUAUUUUAUAACCCAUUGUAUUGGCCUGUCCCCAAAACGAUAACUUUUGGUGGACGAGGAACAGGAACAGGACAGCUUAAGUUUCCAAGUGGUGUUGUUGUGUCAGAUGAAGGAGAUAUCUUUGUAGCAGACCGGUUGAACCAGAGAAUCCAAGUCUUCACUCUGCAGGGAACAUUUUUCCGACAGUUCCCAACAGUGGUGUCAGGUGAACAGAAGAUGGACCCUACAGAUGUGGCCAUUGACGGGGAGGGGAACCUGUGGGUGGUGGGGACCACGGAGACCGGUGAGCUUGCCGUGCGGUACACCAAACAGGGCAGGGUGCUGAGGAAGCUGGACCUACAGAAGACAGGGCAGUUGAGAGGAGUUGCCGUGGACACCAGGAGGAACCACAUCCUCAUCACACAAUCCACAGGAGACUGGCCUGAACACCUACAUGGUACAAUACAGGUGUUCAGGCCAUAUGGAACACUUGUGAGAACUGUGGGUCAGCAGCAGGGGAUGAAGUACCCACGGUACAUCACUGUGGACAAGGAAGGGAGAAUUCUUGUGUCAGACUGGGACAAUGACUGUGUCUAUGUGUACAACGAGGACGGACAGUUUCUGUUCAAGUUUGGAGGUUUGGGAAGUGAUGAAGGUCAGCUGAUCUCUCCCCGUGGCAUCUGUACAGACAGGACAGGGAACAUCUUUGUGGCAGACAGCUUUAACAAACGUGUGGAGAUGUUUGACAAGACAGGAAAAUUCCUCAAACACAUCGCUACAGAUAUGACGAAGCCACAUGCUGUUGCCAUGGCAACACAGGGACAGCUGGUGGUCACUGAUUUGUCGGAGAACACUGUUCACAUUAUCCAUACCUACUGAACAGCAACAUGAAAAAUUCCAUUGUUCAAUAAUUGUUCGUUCAAUUGAGAGACCAAGCUGAUCAGCUUUUCUUUGCAACUACCUGGUACAUGUACCAUCAAAUUAAAGAUGACUGACAACUUAUAUACUUCCUCUGCACUUAA